AUGCCGGCGGACAUAGUGACCACGGAGCAGCUGCGCUACCAGCUGGCCUUCAUCCAUGCCAUGGACAGGACCUCGCGGCACUGGGAGGACACCUUCUCGUGGUAUCCGCGGAUGCAGUGCUGCCACUACCAGCGGAUCGAUCAGAUCUACCUGGAGAGUCGCCAGCAGUAUGGCGAUGGGGUGUUCCUCAAGUACGCCAACCGGGGGCGCCUGCUCAAGAAGUACUCGGUGACGGCGCGGGAUGUGGAGGAGAGUCUGCAGGAGCGGAGGACCCAGGACAGCGAUGGCACCCUGGGCAUCAAGGUGGCGGCCACCGAGAACGGGGAGUACGGUCGGAUGAAGCCAGGCAGGUUGUACUUCUGCUAGGACAAACCACAUAGCUCCUACUCCCCCCGAUCCUCGCCAGAACCACUCACAAUUAAACUAUCAUCGUCCGCUGACAAUGCAACUCUCAAUGGCCGUCACUCAUUACGCGAUUUUUGCAUGACCGUGCGCAUAAUUAACAAGGUGAAAAUGUCAGUCAACCUGUUCCCGCCCCUUCGCCGCAGCGAGUGCCCACUGUACCCUCGCCUACUUGGAAGCGACUGAAAAGUUCGCACAGGUAAUUAAGUGAUCGCGUCUGUCCACUCGAUGAGAUGACUCGCCUCGUUUGUUCGGGAACUUGGAAACUGUUUUUAUGGCGACCAUAAAAAUGGGAAAUAUGCAUGAUACGGCACACCAUUUACACAUUGCAUUAACUUCAGAUACAAAUCGGAUCUAUUGAUUUGAUAGAUUUACACACACUUGAAUAAACUUCGAUAAGAGACUCGUGACAAAAUUAUAGUGGCAAUCGGAAGAUUUUUUUUAUACACGAAGAACAAUAUUGAU